AUGAAUGAAGAAACAGGAACACGGGUGAAUGAAGGCACAGGAACACGGGUGAAUGAAGGAACAGGAACACGGGUGGAUGAAGGAACAGGAACACGGGUGAAUGAAGGAACAGGAACACGGGUGAAUGAAGGAACAGGAACAUGGGUGAAUGAAGGAGCAGGAACACGGGUGGAUGAAGGAACAGGAACACGGGUGAAUGAAGGAACACGGGUGAAUGAAGGCACAGGAACACGGGUGAAUGAAGGAACAGGAACACGGGUGAAUGAAGGAACAGGAACACGGGUGAAUGAAGGAACAGGAACACGGGUGAAUGAAGGAACAGGAACACGGAUGAAUGAAGAAACAGGAACACGGGUGAAUGAAGGCACAGGAACACGGGUGAAUGAAGGAACAGGAACACGGGUGGAUGAAGGAACAGGAACACGGGUGAAUGAAGGAACAGGAACACGGGUGAAUGAAGGAACAGGAACACGGAUGAAUGAAGAAACAGGAACACGGGUGAAUGAAGGCACAGGAACACGGGUGAAUGAAGGAACAGGAACACGGGUGGAUGAAGGAACAGGAACACGGGUGAAUGAAGGAACAGGAACACGAGUGAAUGAAGGAACAGGAACACGGAUGAAUGAAGAAACAGGAACACGGGUGAAUGAAGGCACAGGAACACGGGUGAAUGAAGGAACGGGAACACGGGUGAAUGAAGGCACUGGAACACGGGUGAAUGAAGGAACAGGAACACGGGUGAAUGAAGGAACAGGAACACGGGUGAAUGAAGGCACUGGAACACGGGUGAAUGAAGGAACGGGAACACGGGUGAAUGAAGGAACAGGAACACGGGUGAAUGAAGGAACAGGAACACGGAUGAAUGAAGAAACAGGAACACGGGUGAAUGAAGGCACAGGAACACGGGUGAAUGAAGGAGCAGGAACACGGGUGGAUGAAGGAACAGGAACACGGGUGAAUGAAGGAACAGGAACACGGGUGAAUGAAGGAACAGGAACACGGAUGAAUGAAAAAACAGGAACGCGGGUGAAUGAAGGAACAGGAACACGGGUGAAUGAAGGAACGGGAACACGGGUGAAUGAAGGCACAGGAACACGGGUGAAUGAAGAAACAGGAACACGGGUGAAUGAAGGAACAGGAACACGGGUGGAUGAAGGAACAGGAACACGGGUGAAUGAAGGAACAGGAACACGGGUGAAUGAAGGAACAGGAACACGGAUGAAUGAAGAAACAGGAACACGGGUGAAUGAAGGCACAGGAACACGGGUGAAUGAAGGAACAGGAACACGGGUGGAUGAAGGAACAGGAACACGGGUGAAUGAAGGAACAGGAACACGAGUGAAUGAAGGAACAGGAACACGGAUGAAUGAAGAAACAGGAACACGGGUGAAUGAAGGCACAGGAACACGGGUGAAUGAAGGAACGGGAACACGGGUGAAUGAAGGCACUGGAACACGGGUGAAUGAAGGAACAGGAACACGGGUGAAUGAAGGA